AUGGCUAGUAGAGAUCUUCCAACGUCAUUUAAGGAGCUCACCACUGGGUGGCUAGUACACGCCAAGAGAGAAAUUACAUUUAACAAGUCUAAGCAGGAGUUGAUUGAUAAUGAUAUUCAAGACGAAGACCACGAAGCAGUUACGAAAGUGCAAGCUAAGAAUCUUUGGCCAGCAUUUGUCUCUGGAGCUGGGUUGUUUUCUGAUGGAUACGUUAACAAUUCUAUCAGUACUGCUACCUAUUGUUUGGCAAUUUUAUAUGAGGAUGCUUACACCAAUUCUAAUGCCAUAUCAAACGUCUCUUCCAUUGCUUUUGCUGGAACUGUUGUUGGAAUGUUAGUGUUUGGAUAUAUUUCAGAUAAUUUUGCAAGAAAAGGAGGCAUGAUGACUGCCAAUGUCAUGUUGAUCUUCUUUACUGCAUUAUGUGCCGCAGGUUCAUGGGGUUUGAAUGGCAGUCCUUAUGGAUUAUUCGCUGCUCUCACCACUUUCAGAUUUUUCUUAGGUAUAGCAAUUGGUGCUGAAUAUCCCACAUCCUCAGUCAUCGCCUCAGAAUUUGCUAACCAAUUACCAAGUGGUAAAAGAAAUAGAUAUUUCAUCUGGUUUACAAAUGCAAUGAUAGAUGUAGGCUACGUGGUAAGUUCGUUUGUUCCUAUGGUUCUACUUUGGAUUUGCACCCCAAAACAUCUUACACCAAUAUGGAGAAUCACUUUGGCACUUGGUGCCAUUCUUCCUAUUUCCCUUUUCUUCAUGAGAUUGAAGAUUAAAGAUAGUGAAGCUUUUCAAAAAAUGAAUAUGAAGAAGGCUAAAGUCCCAUACUGGACAAUAAUCAAAUUUUACUGGUUUAGAUUAAUAAUUGUCUCUCUCAUUUGGUUCCUUUACGACUUUUCUGCUUAUUCAUUCGGAGUAUAUUCUUCGUUCAUUAUUGGAAAAGUCGUCGGUGACGGAGAUAUGUAUAAGACUUUUGGUUGGACCGUCGUUUUUAAUUUAUUUUAUAUCCCUGGUGCGUUCCUUGGUGCCCUUGGUGCAGAUUACCUCGGUCCAAGAGUUACAGCAGGUGUUGGAGUAAUUCUUCAAGCUGCGGUUGGCUAUAUUAUGGCAGGCUGCUUUCCUCACUUGAAACAUAGUAUUGGAGGGUUUGUUGUCGUUUACGGAAUUUUCACUUCAUUAGGUGAGUUUGGGCCUGGUGAUAAUAUAGGAUUGCUUGCUGCAAAGACAAGUGCCACAACUAUUAGGGGUCAAUAUUAUGGAAUUGCUGCAGCAGUCGGUAAAAUAGGUGCUUUCGUGGGAACAUGGGUUUUCCCAGUUAUUCAAAAGAAUGCCCUCAAGGCACGAGGAUCAGACUUUGAAAUGCAAGCUCCUUUUUAUGUCAGUUCAUCGUUAUGUGUCUUUUCAGGUAUUUUAAUUUUUUUCUUCCUUCCUGCAGUAGGUCAGGAUGCAGUUAAUAGAGAGGAUCAAGAAUUCUUCGACUAUUUGGAGGCUACUGGAUAUGAUACCAGACAAUUGGGUUAUAUUGUGGAUCCGGAGAAUGAUUCUGCUUCUACGGAUGAAGUCAAGAAGACUGAAGUGGAUGUGAAGGUCGAGGCUGAAUCGAAAACUUCUUGA